UAUUUAUUUAGUCUGAACCAUCCUUGGGGCAGCUGUAGUGGGAUACCACCAGCAGGAAGCCAAAAUGCAUUUUUAAAGGGACUGAAAAAAGUUCCCCUGGGUGAGAAAGUAUUGGAAUGGAAAUCAACUGAGCAAGAAAACCAGCUGAGAGGAGCAGCACUUUCCCUCUUGAAAUGUCUGAUACAAAGACCAGGUAGUUUCUCCACUUGGUCAGUGCCAAUACUGUGCUCCAAUAGAGCUGGAGUUUUUUAUAUGAAAGCUGUUUUCAGUGUUAAGUGUAGAAUUAACAUUUUCUGUUUCCUCAUCUAAAGCAGCUCAGACUAUUUCUCUGUGCAUCUGGUAUUUUGCAUUGAAAGUGGCCCAAAUAUUUAAUUUGGGAAAUGCAGCUGCCAUAAAAUACAGUUUGAUGACAGCAGAGCAAUUAGUAUUGGAUGAAGAAUGUGCUGAAUGUGGCAUCACAGCUGAUCACAGAGGACCCUCAAACUCUCAGCAAAAAUAYGCAGUUUCUGUCAUUAUGUAUUGAAGGACCUGGCUUCCACCCUAAAUACGUGAAAAUCUAAGCAGUCAAAACAAGAUGCAGUUGGAGAACAAUGAAAUUGGUCAAAUUGCAUUUUCAUUUUUGCAGGUUGGCAUGGCCAAGACACUUAGUGAGCAGAGACAUCCCCAUGAAUCCCAGCCAGAGCCAGCUUCCUGUGGAAACGAGCACUGUUAUUUCUAUACCCUGUUUAACUCAGUGGGGCACAGCACAGAUCCAAAGCUCUGAACUGUUCCCCUUGGGGGAUUCAAAUGCAGAGUAGUCAGGGCACUAAAGCAGAGCAGCACAAGUGAAAUUUAGGAUGAACUGUGACUCAUUCCCCACUUGGUCCGCCAUGCUCUGCUCUUCAUGCAGCCAGUGUUCCAUCUCGUGUUUGUGGUCAGAGUUCUUUCUUUCAGUGUCCAUUUAAUUUAGCCUGAUGGAGUAGCAAGUUGGAAAGAAUAAAUAGAAUUAUCCCACACAGCUGGUCUAUUUUUAAUGAAGUUACUGUAGUGGAGAGUAAUCUCUGAGGGGUUGCAACCCAUAUGAUGUAAUCCUGCCUCAGCUUAUGGUGCAAGCUACAUAAAAUCAGCCCACACAGGACUGAUGGUAAAACGACACUUGUCAGUUUGCAAGCUUUGUUUGUUUGCCAGAAAGGAGUGGAUAACAAAGUAUUCCAGAUCAGAGCCCUUGCAUGGAUAUCUUGGGCGUAGCAGCAGAGAUAUUUUGCAGAGUACUCCAUUAGAAAGCAACUUUUAUACAAAUGAGAAAGUGAAUCUUGGGUGCACGAAGCAACUCCUAGAAAAUAGAAACUCUCUAUUUUUUGUUGCAUCUGGAGAAUAUAGCAAGCAUGUAAAYGCUGUUGUCAGUGUACCAAUGCCUCCUGACGGGGAAGGUCUAUGCAGUUGGCACCAAUGCACCAAAUAAAAUCCGUGUGGGAAAAAAAACAGAGGMUGUGAAGGUGGUGACAGACAGGACAGUGUGUGAAACAAAUGAAGUGUGUUUUAGGGUCGCAGUAGAGGACAAAAAGAAAGUUUGCUGGUGCUUGUGGAUUCACUAAAAGUUGGUCAGGAUUCUAUCCUUGCUUCAGGUAGAUUUAGAACUUGGUAGGAAUAUAAAUUGUAUCAAAUGCAACCUGCCCCAAUGUGAAAUGCCCACUGAAGAAGAAAAAUGAUCCAAUGAUGCAGCAUUUGAGGUGAGUAACAGAGCUUUGUAAGGCAGGUUCAUAGGCAGGCACUGGUGCCAACAUCUUUCCAGUGUUUUCAGGGUACCAAGAUACACCAGUGAUGCUUAAUUGGAAAUGGGAAGUUAACUCUAUCAGAGAUAUCUUAACUGAGAAACAGAUAUUAAUGUAAUUUGAUCUUAAUUUCUGUUUGUCAUUUUCAGCAUGAGAUCACGAUUAUGCUUUUGUUACUACUGUGACAAUGAAUUUAUGGUGAACCAGUAGUUCCUUGUGACAACUCUUCCUUGUUACUGUUUCAGAAAAGCACAGUUUGAAUUCGCUGGUGUGAAGGAACCUGUUCUGGAAGUUUGUCCUGGCAUUCUGGACACAGAGACUGUCACGAGUUUGUCAGACUUUGCCCACACCAUCUUCACCCAGGUGRAGGCUGCAAAUGGCACAUACAGUUUAACUGUCUGGAUCUGUCUCACUGGUCCAGAAAGAAAAUUCUAGAUGGCCGCGGAUCCAUGUGCCGAGCAGCCCCGGGCCCUGCUGGGCAUGAGGGCCACAGGGAGCCGCAGCCACUGAGCCAAGGAGGGGGCGGGUUUGGCCAUGGCCUCCCCGCRGCGGGCCCGGCGCUCCGGCCCUCCCGACGGCGGCUGGGGAUGGAUGAUCGUGGCCGGCUGCUUCCUCGUCACCAUCUGCACCAGGGCCGUCACAAGGUGCAUCUCCAUUUUUUUUGUGGAGUUCCAGGCAUACUUUGGGCAGGAUUAUGCCAGAACUGCUUGGAUCCACUCCAUUGUCGACUGUGCUACGAUGCUCUGUGCCCCGCUUGGGAGUUUAAUCAGUAAUCAUGUAUCCUGCCAAGUUGGUAUCAUGCUAGGAGGGCUGCUUGCCUCUACUGGACUAAUUCUGAGCUCAUUCGCCACCAGUCUGGAACAUCUCUACUUGUCCUUAGGAGUCCUCACAGGACUUGGGUUUGCACUUUGUUAUUCUCCAGCCAUUGCCAUGGUGGGCAAAUACUUCAACAAAAGGAAAGCACUGGCGUAUGGAAUAGCCAUGUCAGGAAGCGGAAUUGGUACCUUCAUCCUGGCCCCCGUGGUCCAGCUCUUAAUUGAGCASUUUUCCUGGCGAGGAGCUUUGCUCAUCCUGGGAGGUUUUGUUUUAAACCUCUGUGUCUGUGGUGCCUUGAUGCGGCCUAUUUCUCUUAAGGAGGAUUGUAAAACUGCUCCUGAGUUUCUUGAACAGGAUUAUGUUCCUGAAACAGAGAAACAAGACUUAAAGCGCAUGUCCAUCUGUUCACCUUUAAUCAAAUUAUGGCCUCAUGAAUGUUUAUGCUACUGUUCAUGGAAGGAAUAUGACUUUUUGCUGAUGCCAGGCUUCAUGGUGCUGGCAGUGUCAGUUUUAUUUAUGGCAUAUGGCUGUAGCCCUCUUUUUGUCUACCUAGUGCCUUAUGCUUUGAGUGUUGGAGUGAGUCAUCACCAGGCUGCCUUCCUCAUGUCCAUACUUGGUGUCAUAGACAUCAUUGGUAAUGUCACCUUUGGAUGGCUAACAGACAGAAGGUGUCUGAAGAAGCAUCGGUACUUUUGCUACCUCUUUGCUGUGGGAAUGGAUGGCCUCUGUUGUCUCUUCCUGCCAGUUCUCCAAAGCUUCCCCUUGCUUGUGCCUUUCUCGUUUACCUUUGGCUACUUUGAUGGAGCYUAUGUCACGCUGAUCCCUGUCAUGACAGCAGAUGUAGUGGGRACUUCUUUGUUAUCAUCAGCCCUGGGCGUUGUGUAUUUUCUUCAUGCCAUACCAUAUCUAGUGAGCCCACCCGUGGCAGGGUGGCUUGUGGACACAACUGGAAGCUAUACUGCAUCAUUUCUCUUGUGUGGAUUUUCUAUGAUAUUUAGUUCAGCACUACUGUGCUUUGCAAGAGUAGCAAAGAAAAUCAAAAGAACACAUUUGCGGUCCCUCACUGGUAAUAAGGCCUUGAAACAGCACAUCUGGACAAAUGGAGCAAUAGCUUAUUCUGUCACAGCAGAAUUAGACCAAAAGGAUGUUGAAUUUUUGGCUGUGGAUACAAACAGGUGACAAGUGCCAUCGAGAUGCAGUAGGGCACAGCCUGAGACAGAUGUGGCUCUGUGGUGUUACACUGUUCAAAAYGCUUCUUCUGUGAAACAAAACAUCUCUCCAUUAGAUUUUUCUGUCAUGUUUUAGAUGGCUUAAAUCUACACACAGCAACAGUAAUACCAAGUUAAUACAGUAAUAGAAGAAAGCGAGACUGAAAAUAGUUUGUAGAUACAAAUGUUCACAGAUUAAUUUGAAAUGCAAUGUUGACUCCACAGGUAUCAGUCACCAAAACUGACCAAUAACAUUUACAUUCAAAAAUAUUAUUAAUGACACCAGCUUUUUCAUUUUGUGGUCUAUUAUAUUUCAAUGGACUAAUCACACCCACCACAAAAAGAUCUCCACAUGUAUCAGUCUGCAUGAAACUAUUUGCAAACAACUGAUUUGCAAACAACUCUUUCAAAUGCCAGAGCCAUCUGUUUUUUGUUUUGUUUUGGUUAGUUUUUUUAUUUUGUGAGGUGGUUUGUUCUGUUUUGUUUUGUUUUGUUGGGGUUUUUUUUCAGAAAAUCUGGCAGGAAACUGAUUUGUGCUGAAAAUAUCUCUGGAGCAGCUUUAAUUUUUACAAUGUGCCUGAACUUUGUAUAUACAUUGCAAUUUAAUUUCAACUAUGGUUUUAGACCUGCUUUCCUAAUCCCUCUACAGCAAAAUUUGUUAUGAUGUUUUUUUUCUUCUGGAUACCUUUAAAAUUUGACAUUCUGGGUAUGAUCUUCCCAGCUGAUCCUUGCCUUGGAGGGUGGAAAAGGUGCUGUGGUGGGUCUGCUGUUUGAAGAGGAGUAAAUUUGUGCCAUGGGACUAAGCAUGCUGGCAGACAAACAUKCUUAACUGCAUUAAUUGAAAGAAGCAAAGGCAGCCCAAGUGAUCAGAGGAGAGGCUCAUGGGUUUUCAGAUACAGAGCCUCUUCCUCUUGUUAAAUCAGCACCUAUUAGAGAGCUUUGGAGUCCAUGCAACCAGAUGACUGAGAGAUUGUCCACCCCACAGGCUGAUAGUGGAGAAGAAGUUGGCAGAAUUAUUUCUGUGUAUUGCAAGUGGCAAAUCUAUCGAUUUUCAGACCCAGAAGCUGUAUCUUCAGCUGGAGCAAAUUGCUCAUUUGUGCCAUGUGAAGAGCUGUCAGGUCACUUUUUCUUGAUGGCCACCAAACAAGAGCUGUGACUUGUUGAUGGUUUCCUGCUACUUGCGUGCGAUAACUUACUGAUGUGAUGGUCUAAUAAAUACUGGGAUGUUUCUACAUUUCCAGAGUAAAAACAUUGUCAGCAAUGGAGGAACUUCACAUUCCACAAUACAAAUAGUUUCAGUGUUUUGAUGCUGUAUAAAGUUGUAUUCUGUUCAUYAACAAAUUGAUCAGAGUCCAAAUAACUUCCAUUAACACUGAACUAGUAGUUUCRUUAGUCUGCAGUGUGUUCAGUGGCUGCUCAUGGUGUCCUUUUCUACCCUGUGCCUUGGAAGGGAAAGCAACAUAGACUGAUGCUCAUCAACUUGGUUUAGAUCAAGAGUACAGACAUAGGGGUAUAAUGUAAUUAUAUAUAUAUACACACACACAUAUAUUUAUGAAUAGCACAUGUAUCAAGUAGUUUUAUUAUCCAAGUGUACUUUAAAUACAACACAUUAAAAUGGUUUGACUUCGGUUGUCUGGGUUUAAAUGAAGCAUUUCUUGCUGUUCUGCUUCAGGAAUGUAGUCAGAACCAGUAGAAAGAUCUACGUGCACACAGAAUAAGUGAUGGGAGUGCAGARUCUACUUAAAACCAAUGACAUAAUUUUCCUUCUGCUUAGCAUGAAAAUUGAGUCUUGGGCCCCAAUUUUGUUUUUAAUAUAUAUYCAUAAAAAAGAACAAAAAUUAUCCAUAAGUGUUUCUUAUAUGAGUUGGGAAAAAUAUGCACAUUUGGAAAAAAAAUGAAGUGGUUUUAUUAAUUAGUACUGAUGAAGAUAACAUUAUAGAUCUUAAUACAAUAUUUUAAUAUUAAAAAGAGUAGGGAAUAGUGUGGUCAACAAAAAACAAAAGUGAUUUUGAACAAGUUAUAAAUGAUCACUGUCAUUCACUUUACAAAAAUUUCAUUACUUUGUUUACCACAUUACAACACCUCACCAGCUGUUCAUAUCAGAACUGCAUACUGUAAAACCCUGUUGGAAUAAUGCUAUAUGCAUUUUUAUCAUAGGAAAGUAUGCUGUGUUAUUAGCAUUUUAAUUUUUUUUUAUUUCAAGAUUUUUUUUCAUAGGCUUUUCCCUUUAUGUGUUUAAAGCAAUACUAUUUGUGUUAAAUAUCUUAUUUAGCAGCACACAUUCAACCGGUUUCAUAUACAGACCUUUUGUAGAAAAAGGUAGAAUUCUUUCAGGGCUUUCUAGCACUGUUUUUGCUCCGACUUCAGCUGAUAGAGAAAAGCUUAUAUAGCAGAACCAUGAUUUUUGUGCAUAAAACACACUGUGAAAUAUCAGCCCUGUCAUGAAUACCCCCACUAAGAAACAGAAGGCAGGAUGCCUGACAAGAAAUGAUCUUCAAGUGGAAGAAAUGGGAAUACAAUCCAGGCUGGAGAAGCCUCAUGCCAAGCUUCUAGCUCYUGGUCCACACAACCCAAGCUGAACAGUUCACCUUCAUCCUGCCAUGUGAAAUAUUUCAGGCAACACUUUAUAGAUGUCUCUGUCUUAUUAUAUUUUUAAAGUAUGAUUUAUUGUAUCUGAAAUAUUUUUUUCGGAGAUCAUAAUAUCCAGACUGUCCUCCAUGGAGGACAUUUCCUGGCAUGGCACACUGUGGGAUGUGCUGAGAUUCAUCUGAGCUAGCUGUGAACAAUUUGCCAGACUAACACUGUAUGUUUGAUGAUUUAGGGGUCUUUUCCAACCUGAAUUAUCUGUAAUUCUAUGUUCCCACUAGCCCUGAUGGAUACAAGCAUUGAUGGAUAUGAGCUUGGCUGGAGCACUGCACUGCUGAGCCUGUCUGGCUCCUCAGGACAGCGUGGUUUGGCUUGACAUGGGGUAACAUUUGUCUGACACAGAUUCUACCUCAGAUGGAUCCUGCCUGGGAUUAUGCUCUAUUCUGUGCAGUGGAUGGGAAUUCAGUGUAAGUGAAACUGCUUACAACUGCUGAAGUUAUCCCACCUGUUUCCAUUCCAUGAGAUCUGAAAUGGGGAAAUGAAAUAACAAUUCUUUUGAAAUUAUUCAUAUUCUAGCAAUAAUCUGGGACAUUGAAUACAUUGUACUGUGAAAAGCUGUGUGAAAAUUGGAAAAGUCUAGUACCUUCUGUUGAAAAAUGGCUCUUCUUUUUCAGAAAAAGCAUUUCUGAAACAUUCCUGUCAGCUUGGAUAAUAAUUURUCUCCUGAAAGACAAAGGCUAUGUUACUAUAUGGUGAAUGUAUUUUAUAUUGCUACAACAAUUCCCUGUUUGCUUUCUAAAGUGUUACAAAUUUAUGUGAGAAGGAAGAGCUUGAUUAACUUAAGCUGCAACACUACUUCGUGGUCAGCAUAGCAAAGUCCUUAGUGGGGUUUGCCUCAAUAAAUAAUACCUCCUUCUUACUGAC